AUGAAGCUGGCCCUCCUCCUGCCUUGGGCGUACUGCUGCCUCUGCGGGUCGGCGCUGGCCACCGGCUUCCUCUACCCCUUCCCGGCCUCAGCCUUGCAGCAGCACAGCUACCCCGAGCCGGGCGCCGGCUCCCCCGGCAGCGGCUACGCGAGCCGCCGGCACUGGUGCCAUCACACAGUGACACGGACAGUGUCCUGCCAGGUGCAGAAUGGCUCGGAGACGGUGGUCCAGCGUGUGUACCAGAGCUGCCGGUGGCCAGGUCCCUGCGCCAAUCUUGUGAGUUACAGGACUCUGAUCAGACCCACGUACAGAGUGUCCUACCGCACGGUGACUGCGCUGGAGUGGAGGUGCUGCCCUGGCUUCACCGGGAGCAACUGUGACGAGGAAUGCAUGAACUGUACUCGGCUCAGCGACAUGAGCGAGCGGCUGACCACGCUGGAGGCCAAGGUUCUCCUGCUGGAAGCAGCAGAGCGGCCCUCGGGCCCAGACAACGACCUGCCAGCCCCGCAGAGCACUCCGCCGCCCUGGAACGAGGACUUCCUCCCUGAUGCCAUCCCUCUUGCCCACCCGGGACCCCGAAGGAGAAGACCCACAGGUCUGGCCGGGCCCCCAGGGCAGACAGGACCACCAGGGCCUGCAGGUCCCCCAGGCUCCAAAGGUGACCAGGGCCAGACUGGAGAGAAGGGCCCAGCGGGGCCUCCUGGGCUAUUGGGGCCGCCAGGGCCCCGUGGACUUCCUGGAGAGAUGGGGCGCCCUGGUCCCCCAGGACCCCCCGGCCCAGCAGGCAGCCCAGGCCUCUCUCCAAAUGGCCCCCAAGGUGUCCUCUACUCCCUGCAGCCACCUACAGACAAAGACAAUGGAGACUCACAGCUGGCAUCUGCCAUCGUGGACACCGUGCUGGCAGGCGUCCCAGGGCCCCGGGGCCCCCCCGGCCCACCAGGUCCCCCUGGACCACAUGGUCCCCCAGGACCGCCAGGAACACCCGGAUCCCAGGGCCUGGCUGGGGAGCAGGGCAUGGCUGGGCCAUCUGGUGAGCCUGGAGUGGACGGGGAGGGCGGGGAGAAGGCCGCCACCUCUGCAGAGGGCGAGGGGGUGCAGCAGCUGCGGGAGGCCCUGAAGAUCCUGGCUGAGAGGGUCCUCAUUCUGGAGCACAUGAUUGGGAUCCACGAUCCCCUGGCCUCCCCUGAGGGGGGCUCCGGCCAGGAUGCCGCCCUGAGAGCCAGCCUCAAGAUGAAGCGCGGUGGCCCUCAUGCUGAUGGCGCCCUUGCUGUCCUGCUUGGUCCCAACCCUGGGCAGAAGAACGCUGAUGGAGCCAGUGACAGGAAGUAA